AUGGAGGUGCUCACAGCCGUGGCUGCAUGGGCGAUCGCCUCAUCCUGCGCGAAUAUCCCCGUCGCCCGUCAAUUUCUCGGAGGCAUCUGCGCGAGAGACACCGCGGAGCUGGGUAACAAGCUCUCGGACACCGCCAAGAUCUAUGAGCCGGGCUCGGCCGACUUCACCAACGCGACCAUCCGGUGGUCUAACCUUAACGCACCGACCGUCAGCCUGGUCGUCGUCCCCGGAACGGAGAACGAUGUUGCUGAGACAAUCAAAUUCGCCAAUGAGAAGAGCUUGCCCUUCCUUGCAUACAACGGCGUGCAUGGUGCUAUCACCACCCUCGGCAAGAUGCAGAAUGGUAUCGAGAUUUAUCUCAACCAGCUGAGCGGCGUCGAGGUCUCUGAGGAUGGCCAAUCCGCAAAGAUUGCCGGCGGUACCCGCUCCAAGCUUGUCACUGACACUCUCUGGGAAGCCGGAAAGCAGACUGUCACUGGCACUUGCGAGUGUGUCAGUACGCUCGGACCUGCCCUUGGAGGUGGUCAUGGCUGGCUGCAGGGUCACCACGGUCUUGUUGCUGAUCAGUUCCUCUCCAUGAACAUUGUCCUGGCUAACGGAACCCUUGUCACCAUCGAUGAGAGCUCUGACCUUUGGUGGGCUGUCAAGGGUGCCGGCCACAACUUUGGUAUCGUCACUUCAGUCAACGUUAAGGUCUAUGACAUCGAACACAGCAACUGGGCCGUUGAGACUCUCAUCUUCAGUGGAGACAAGGUCGAGGAGGUCUACCAAGCUGCCAACGACCACCUCCUUAAGAACGGAACCCAGUCUGCUGACGUCGUCAACUGGUCCUACUGGCUGAACAACCCCGACGCCGAUGCUGAGAACCCCAUCAUCUUGUUCUGGAUUAUCCAGGAGGGUGUCGAUGUUGUCGACUCCACCUACACCCAGCCCUUCCUCGACAUCGGCCCUAUCUCUGCCACGCCCACUGCCGGAACCUACCUCGACCUCGCUACCUGGACCGGAAUCGACCUUGAUGCCAUCCCUUGCCAGAAGGCCGGCCUCAACAACCCCCGUUUCCCCAUCUACGUCGAGUCAUACAACGUGACCGCUCAGCGCCAGGCCUACGACCUGUUCGCGGCCAACGUCAAGACCGACUCUCCCUUCUACAACUCCCUCUUCAUGUUCGAGGGUUACUCUAACGAGGGUGUCAAGGCCGUCGACAGCGACUCAACUGCCUUUGCCUUCCGCGAGGACAACCUUCUCUUCGCCCCUCUCAUCACCUACACCCCCAACGGCACUGCCCUGGACCAGCAGGCUGCUGACCUCGGCAACCAGCUGCGCCAGAUCAUCCACGAGGGUAGCGGUCGUGAGCAGAUUCACGUCUACCUCAACUAUGCUUUCGGUGACGAGACGACCUCUGAAUGGUACGGUGCUGACCAGUGGCGCCAGGAUCGUCUCAAGUCUCUGAAGUCCAAGUAUGACCCUGAGGGCAAGUUUAGCUUCUAUGGCCCGAUUGCCUGA